GAUAUUUAUGAUAAUUUACGUAGUUUUCUUUGAUCAAUCUUUAGUAAGAACUUUUGUUAAGGAAACGGCAAAGAACGCACCGCACAAUACAUACACGGCGCGCUGGUACAUAAUACACGGAUAAAAAACGCCAGAACGACUAACAUCCCGGGCGAAGAGGAACGUUUCAACGAAUCUCGUCAUCCCUUAAAUGCGGUCGGGUGAGGCGCGGGACGCGGGACCUUUCAUAAAGACAUAGUUGCACGCGCCCGGGGGUAUGCGUGGCUUCAGUUGCAAAAACGGUUCAGUCGUUCCUCGGUCAUUGUAGAACAUUGUACUAGCGUUGUCGUGGCGCACCCGUUACCUAUUCGUUAGUGAGCGAGAAUUAGUUGUAAAGACGAUUGUUCGUAGACUGUUUUCGCAAUACAUACAGCAUAAAGCAUAGGCAAUAGAGUUCAAGGGCGCAUAUAAAUAACAAAAAAGGUUUCCACGGUAAUCGGAAGGAUGGCGCAGCAAGUGCAGCAUGUAUUCAAGGUCGCCCUGGCCAAAACCGCCGCCAGCGGACAGCGAACAAUGUCUACCGGUAUCAUCGGCACGCUGGAAGGUGGCGCCGCUGGAUCGGUCAAGCAAACGCCGAAGCAUUCAUCUGGACUGCACAUGACGAUUCAACGCACCUAUCCGCUGGCGGCCGUUUUGCCACUUCCGCCCAACAUCGACGCUACCGAGACGAGCCGCUUUUCGCCGCUCCGCUCGCGCGAUAUUAACGCGUCCGCAAUGUUAACGCACCAAUCGACGGCCCCAAGUGGCAGCCCUAUCGAUGUAACGGUCGACAUGAGCAGUUCCUCGGCCAACACGGCAGUCGAUCCGCACGUCGAGUCAUACGAUUGCCGCGGUGCCGUGAGCCUAAAUUCGGCCAUGCAGAGCAAUGUGCCGAGCCCGUUUGGAGGAAUGCACAAGUUCACGCACCUUAACAUGCCGGGCGGUGCUUGGGCACAGGAAAGCAAGUUCUUGUCGCACGAACUGAACUCGUCGCACUACACUAACCUGCGGCAGGAGGUGCGCUCCGAUUGGUCCAGCUACGAAGAUCGGCCGGUCAAGGGAGUAGAAGGUAGGACAGAUCGAGCGAAGGGUGGCGCAGGCUCAAUCACUAACCUUUGCCAGUUGCUCACGCUAACUUCGCCAAACCAUUCGAUCAUCGGACCGUCGAUCAGUUUCCGACGGCCGUUUUCUGGUAACUCGCGUCAGCCAUUGGCAUCAGCGCUGUCGCGUGGCAUUCAAACUGCGCCGGCAGUUCAUAAUGCUCAAUCGAAAGGUAAUGCAUCUACUAAUGUGACUAACGAGGAACGACAACAGCCACCGAUAGCCCCGCCGGAAGCGCAGGUCCCCGUCUCGCGCAAAGAUCGCCUCAAGAAGGCGAUCAAAGAGUACGGCUCGACGGUGCUCGUGUUUCACGUUAGCAUCAGUUUAGUCUCGCUCGGUACAUGUUACCUGCUAGUCUCCAGUGGAAUAGAUAUGGUGGCGCUGCUGGAACGCUUCGGCUGGGGAGAUUCGGCGCUGGCCAGCAAGGCCGGUGCCGGUGCCGGAACGUUCGUUAUCGCUUACGCAAUCCACAAGGUGUUUGCGCCGGUUAGAAUAAGCAUCACUCUCGGGGCGACCCCACUGAUCGUGCGCUAUCUGCGCCGGAAGGGCAUUCUGAAGCCCCCGCCGAAGCCGACGUCGACAACCGGAGAGAAGUAAGCUGCACCACGUUGGGAAAACACAAUGGAAAGGUGAACAGAGUGUAUAUUUUUGUAUGUAUCAAACAUUUGAUGUGUAGUACUCGGGACUCUGAAUAAAAGCAAUAAAGUAUA